GGUAGUAUCAUACGUACCUAAUGCCCGAAAACCUGCGAAACACAACUUACUAAAACUACCUCUACUAUUAAACAAAACGGCCUUGGGCCUUGGACUGAUACCAAAUAAAAAAAAUCGAAAUUGAAAAAAUCAAUGAUGAAAUGCCUGAGGUACCUACCUAAAUCAUAUAUCCCCCACCACCCCAAGACAUGAAACUCACCAUUCCCGAUACAAUCUCUCUAAGAUGGCGAGCAUCAAGGCCUCACUGAAGGCUAUUAACGAUGCCAUACGCCAACAAAAAUGGGACGAUGCUAUAUCGCAAGCCGACGAUGUUAUUAGCAGAGAUGCAAAGUCUUACCAAGCUCAUGUGUUCAAAGCGUUCGCCUUGGAUAAGAAGAACCAACAAGACCUAGCUGAAGAGGCAUACAAGACGGCUAUUGGUAUAAAAUCCGAUGCUCAAGCCUGGCAAGGCCUAAUCAAGAUUUACGAGAAGCAAGGGCCCAAGGCUAUCCAAAAGUACCAGCAGGCUGCACUUAAGCUUGCCGAAAUCUUCAGAGACGCUAAUGACAUGUACAAAUGUCAAGAUGUCGUUGACAAGUUCAUCGACUUUGUACGAACACGUGGUGAUCGGGCCCAACUGGUCCAGGCCCUUCGUCUAAUACUCCCUAAUAGUCCCAUCUAUCCCGCUCUCGAGGGUCGGGUUCCUCAUCCCGCCAAAACCUACGAGACGAUAGCCCAGAUUUUAGAGGUCGACGAGAAGAAGCGCAUCAAUACACUCAUCGGUGAACGCCGCACGAGAUUAGGCGCGAAAAUCAGCGAGGUGACGGUCGAGGUCAACCGUGAAGUCCUAUGCCAGAGCGAACUGGGCGAAAUUUACGAGCAGCUCAUCCUAUGGACUCAGGACGAUGAUGUCAGACGUCAAUAUGAAGAGAAGUUACUUCAAUUUCGAUAUGAUCGCCUUCUAGUUACUCCAGCUCCAAACAAAGCCGCGGAGCUCCAGGUUGUGCAGAAGCUUGCAAAUGAUAUGGUUAUCAUUAAGCACCCUUUCAAGCUUGCCUGGGAUAUUGCAAUCGAGUGGCAGGACCAUAAGGAGAUCAAGGAUUGGGACGUCAACGUGCUCAACGAAUACUGUUCCUUUUUUCCUAAUAGUGACCUCUAUCGUGUCUUGACCGGGUUCAUGACAAGCGAGAUAUCACCUUUCCCGAAAAAGCAGCUAGAGACUUCGGCACCUGUAGCUACGCCUGGAACGGAUGAUGAGAGUGAAGAUGAUGAAGAUGGCGGCGCGCCGACAUCGGUGGUCCCGUACACUGGCGAAGACAGACUUUUGAUGAUGACAGAGGGAAUUUCAACAACGAAUUCUUUGCUCGCUCACAGAGUGAUAGGAGAAUACUACCAGCACUUGGAAGAACACGAAAGUAACGUCGAGCUCAUGCGGAAAGCUAUGAAAAUCAUGGUCGCGGAAACGGAAAAGACCGGAAAAGUCUUUACGAAUGCCAACCAGUCAUUCAUGCUCUAUUUAGGCACUGCGUUGGUGUUUUAUCAGUCUCCAAGAAAUCAUGGCGAGGCAAAGUUUCUUUUUGACAAGGUACUUGAAGUAGAUCCCACGUCGACUUCUGCUAUGAUUGGUGUUGGUCUCAUCUACGAAGAGGAGGAAGAAUUCGAUCGAGCGAUUGAAUUCUUAGAGCGAGCACUGAAGGGUGAUAGUACCAAUCUUCGUGUACGUGCAGAGGUUGGAUGGCUAUUUUCAUUGAAGGGCGAUUAUGCACGCGGCAAAACAGAACUUGAAUCACUGUUGCCACAGAUGAUACGCGCCUCAGUUUCCAAAGAUUUGUUAGCCCAGACGCAAUAUCGUUUGGGCAGCUGUAUAUGGAAUCUUGACCCCUCGAAGGCUGCCAGGAAGAGUCGAAGUGGUGCGUACGCAUACUUCCUAGAUGCACUGAAGAAUAACUUCAAUUACGCUCCGGCGUACAGCAGCUUGGGUAUCUACUAUGCGGAUUACGCAAAGGAUAAAAAGAGGGCUCGCAAAUGCUUUCUUAAGGCUGUUGAGCUUUCUUCGACGGAAGUCGAGUCUGCCGAGAGGUUGGCACGGUCGUUUGCCGACGAUGGAGACUGGGACCGCGUCGAAUUAGUGGCACAACGAGUAGUAGAUUCGGGUAGAGUCAGACCGCCUCCUGGAUCCAAGAAGAAAGGAAUUAGCUGGCCUCUUUCUGCACUAGGAGUGGCGGAAUUGAGCAAGCAAGAUUAUGCCAAGGCCAUUGUUUCAUUUCAGCAAGCUCUGCGGAUAGCUCCCGAAGAUUAUCAUUCGUGGGUCGGCCUAGGGGAAAGUUAUCAUAAUUCUGGAAGAUACAUCGCCGCGACAAAAGCAAUUCAGGCUGCGCAAAAGCUGGAAGAACAGAUGGAUAAUAACAAAAUCGGCGAUACCUGGUUUACUAAGUAUAUGCUGGCCAACGUCAAACGGGAACUUGGCGAAUUUGAUGAAGCUAUCUCGCUGUACCACGAGGUUAUUUCAGCUCGGCCGGAUGAGGAAGGCGUUGCCAUAGCCAUGAUGCAGACUAUGGUUGAAAACGCGUCAGACUGCGUGGAGAAAGGGGUGUUCGGCAAAUCGAUCGAGUUGGCAACAGAUACUCUGUCUUUUGCGCUUACAGUGCCCACAAAGAUCGCUAGCACUUUCAAUUUUUGGAAGGCUAUAGGCGAUUCGUGCUCCAUUUUUUCUUCUGUUCAGAGUCGUCUACAGGAUUUCCCAACUGACAUCCUUCGGAAGCUACUUGACCUAGGUACGGGAGAUAAGUCCGCAUAUGCUAUACUGGAAGAUGUCGACAGCGUAGGCAAAGACCUUAUUUUUGCCGAAGGCAUUUUUCCGGAUGACGAGCAACUUGGAGUAGACCUCACGCGAUGUUUACAUGCCACUAUCUUAGCCCACAAGCGAGCAAUCCACGAGUCGGCAAACGACAUCCACGCUCAGGCUGUUGCAUAUUAUAAUUUAGGCUGGGCAGAAAACCGCGCCCACCUUUGCCUUCCUUCACAACUCCGGCUUCAGUCUAGUAGAUACCAGAAAGCCGCCGUGCGAUGCUUCAAGCGGGCCAUAGAACUGGAAGCUGGGAAUCCAGAAUUUUGGAACUCGCUAGGUGUUGUUACAAGCGAAAUAAACCCAUCUGUGGCGCAGCAUGCAUUUGUCCGAAGCUUGUUUCUCAAUGAAAGGAGCGCACAUACAUGGUCAAACCUUGGUGCUCUGGCCCUUCUACAGAAUGACAUUCAACUUGCUAAUGAAGCCUUCACGCGAGCCCAGUCAAAUGAUCCCGAUUAUGCCCACGCUUGGCUGGGUCAAGGCUUUGUCGCACUUCUCUAUGGGGAUUCUAAAGAAGCUCGAGGCCUGUUUACCCACGCGAUGGAUAUCUCAGAAUCAUCCUCUUUAUUGACCAGGCGCCAAUACCCAACGUCUCUAUUCGAUUAUAUACUCACGAGUCCAUCAGAUCUAAAUAUUUCGUCUCUCAUACAGCCGCUAUUUGCGCUCGCUCAACUGCGUCGUCUCAAUCCUCAAGAUCUUACUAGUCAGCACCUUUCAACGCUAUAUCAAGAACGGACCGAUGAUAGCCUUAGAGCAAUAGAUACUCUCGAAGAGGCAUGUGAGCAACUAGAAGCGAGCUAUGAAGCUACUGAGUCCGCGGAAUCACUUGCGCGUUUUGCCUUAGCUAAAACGGAUCUGGCUCGAUCAUAUCUCUCGGUUGCUCGAUAUGCAGAGGCUGUCGAUUGUGGAGAAAUGGCGUUACAAUUAAGCAGCGACGAGUCCGCAAAUGAACUAACAGCCGAGCAACGCAGAAAAGCCAGAUUAUCAGCACAUUUGACGGUCGGUUUGGCGCAAUAUUUCUCUAAGAACAUUAAAGCAGCUGUGGCAUAUUUUGAAACGGCACUCAGCGAAUCCAACGGUAACCCAGAUGCAGUUUGUGUCUUGGCUCAAAUGCUGUGGGCUACCGGUACGGAUGAAGCCCGAGAAAGAGCUCGCACUAUUUUAUUUGACGUGAUUGAGAAAGAUUCAAGCCACGUGCAGUCGGUACUUCUUCUAGGCAUCAUAGCACUACUUGAUGAAGACGAGGAGUCCUUGGAAGCCGUUGUCUCAGAGCUUCAAACGCUCCGUACCAGUGAUAAAGUUACUGAUGCAGAGCACUCCCAAAUUGGGGAAGUUUUCCGCGCCGUAGCCGCAUUGUCGGAGAACAGCACGGAGAACGACGUCCUUACUCAGCUCCAAAACGAUGUCAUGUUAUACCCGUACCUCCCUCAUGGAUGGUCCAGAUUAGCUAAGGUUACUGGGGAAGAAUACCCAGCGGAUAUGGCUUUGAAUGUGGCACUGAAGGCUAUACCGCCGAGGGGAGAACUAGGGGCUGUGGAUCUUGCCGAGGCAUAUGCAGGAACUGGCAAGGUUGCCGAUGCACAAACGGCAAUCUUUGUAGCGCCUUGGAGUAGUAGUGGCUGGGAGUCUCUAUGUAGUGCAAUCGCCUCCUGAUUAACUACAGUCAUGAUUUUCGGUCCAUUGCCAUGAUUCCAUAUCCUGUUCAGCAUAACAAUAUAAGACCCAGUUGCAUGUAUGAUGGAAGGAUGGAUUACCAAGAAAACGUAUGAAAUGAGAAGAAAUGAAUCAUGAUUUCUUGAGUUGCGUAUCGCCAUGAGCAGGCACGUUUUUAUGAAUUGUUAACACCCCCGGUAUAAGUAAAUGGGGGCAGGUACCUAAUAAGGCAGACAUGGAAUGUGACAAAGUUCAACACGUACUUACCUGUUAGCCCUCCUAGCGGAUAACCUCAUCUUGCUAUGAGAUAACCCUGCUCUGUGCUCUGGGAAAGGUCCCACUAUAGGCAGUAGGUAAAGAAAGGCGUAUAUUGAAAUGCAUUAAGUUUAAGAUGCUGUACCUCAGACUAUCUCGAUUAU